UGAUUAAAAGGCCAAAUUCUACUUUCGCGCGUGCACAAGAAAACAACUAUCAAAGGACAAGGAAGUUGACAGCUGGCUAUAACUAAUUCAGUCGGUGGUGGUUGUUAGUGAGACUAGAGAGGUGCCUUUAGUGAACCAGCUCGUCUUGUCCUCCUCAUGCCAGAGACGGUCCUUUGCAGAAUGAGACUGAUUUCCUGACCCAGGGAGGGUGCUCCGUCCCCGACCCUAGAAACGAGGACCCUGUCCUCAACCUACCUCACCCCCUCUACCGCACCUCUGUGUCCUUAGCGCUCCCCCCUCUCCUCCCAGGAAGCCCCUGAACCAUCCAUGCUCCCUAACCUGUAAACCCUGCCCUCUACUUCCUACCUCUGCUCUCUCUUUAAUUUAAACCUGCUGCUCCAAAGAGGCUCAGUCACCCUCUAGAGUAUUUCCCCUUCCCCCAGAUUAGUUCCUAUACCCAGAGGUCAACCAGACUAGUGGGUGGGGUUGCCAGGGUGGUCAAAGCCUUUCCUCCUAUAACCUCACGCCUCCAAUAGUGUUCCGGCACACAAACCAUGCCCCGAAACAUGAAUUGCCACAUAUUUUGAGUGACGUCCCCCCUCUGUGAUGUCAGUGGCUGGAGUUGAGGGGCGGGACCAGCAUGGGAAUACCACGUUUUUGAUCGCCUCGGAAAAUGAACCCGAUCAAGAACCAAAGAAAGAAGGGAUGAAGAAUGCGGGAGACAUGCGAACAGGAGAGGAGGAGCAUGAGGAGGAGGAUGAUGAUGAAGAGUAUUACUCGCCUCCAGAGAGGCAGAUCGUGGUGGGCAUCUGCUCCAUGACCAAGAAGUCCCAGUCCAAGCCAAUGACCCAGAUCAUGGAGAGGAUGUGUAAGUUUGAGUACAUCACCGUGGUCAUCUUCCCUGAGGAGGUCAUCCUCAACGAGCCCGUGGAGAGGUGGCCCCUGUGCGACUGCCUCAUCUCCUUCCACUCCAAAGGUACAAAUGAACGUUUCCCUUUGGAUAAAGCAGUAGAGUAUGCCAAACUCAGAAACCCUCUUCUUAUCAAUGACCUGAAGAUGCAGUACUACAUACAAGACAGGAGGGAGGUGUAUCGUAUCUUACAGGAGGAGGGCAUCGAUCUUCCUCGUUACGCUGUGUUGACUCGAGACCCAGACAGACCAGAAGAGUGUAACCUGGUGGAGGGGGAGGACCAGGUGGAGGUGAACGGGGAGGUAUUCCCCAAGCCCUUUGUUGAGAAGCCUGUGUGUGCUGAGGACCACAACGUCUACAUCUACUACCCCACCUCAGCCGGAGGGGGCAGCCAGAGGCUCUUCAGAAAGAUUGGGAGCCGCAGCAGCGUGUACUCUCCGGAGAGCAGUGUGAGGAAGACCGGCUCUUACAUUUACGAGGAGUUCAUGCCAACCGACGGCACGGACGUCAAGGUGUACACAGUGGGUCCUGACUAUGCCCAUGCUGAAGCCAGGAAGUCCCCAGCUCUGGACGGCAAGGUGGAGAGGGACAGCGAAGGCAAGGAGAUCCGCUACCCCGUCAUGCUAACCGCCAUGGAGAAACUGGUGGCCCGCAAGGUCUGCCUGGCUUUCAAGCAAACAGUGUGUGGGUUCGAUCUAUUGAGAGCAAACGGCCACUCCUAUGUCUGUGACGUCAACGGCUUUAGCUUUGUGAAGAACUCCAUGAAAUAUUACGAUGACUGCGCCAAGGUCUUGGGGAACAUGGUGAUGCGAGAGCUGGCCCCUCAGUUCCACAUCCCCUGGUCAAUCCCCAUGGAGGCUGAGGACAUACCCAUAGUCCCCACAACCUCAGGAACCAUGAUGGAGCUGCGCUGUGUCAUUGCCAUCAUCCGCCACGGAGACCGAACCCCCAAACAGAAGAUGAAGAUGGAAGUCAGACACCCUUUAUUCUUUGAGCUGUUUGAGAAGUACGGAGGCUACAAGUCAGGGAAGCUGAAACUAAAGAAACCCAAACAGCUACAGGAGGUGCUGGACAUUGCCCGUCUCCUGCUGGCCGAGUUGGGGCAGCACACGGACUGUGAGAUCGAGGAGAAGAAGGGUAAACUGGAGCAGCUCAAGACCGUCCUGGAGAUGUAUGGCCAUUUCUCAGGCAUCAACAGAAAGGUGCAGCUAACCUACUUGCCCAACGGACAGCCCAAAGCCUCCAGUGAGGAAGAAGAGGGUCCAAAGGAAGGUCCGUCUCUGCUGCUGGUGUUGAAAUGGGGCGGGGAGCUGACCCCGGCAGGCAGGGUGCAAGCUGAAGAGCUGGGCAGGGCCUUCCGCUGCAUGUACCCUGGAGGACAAGGGGACUACGCUGGUUUCCCUGGCUGUGGUCUGCUCCGUUUACACAGCACCUACCGCCACGACCUCAAGAUCUAUGCUUCAGACGAAGGCCGUGUACAGAUGACCGCUGCCGCUUUUGCCAAAGGUCUGCUGGCUCUGGAGGGCGAGCUGACACCCAUCCUAGUACAGAUGGUGAAGAGUGCCAACAUGAACGGCAUGCUGGACAGUGACAGUGAGUCUCUGACCGACUGCCAGCAGCGGGUGAAGGCCCGGCUACAUGGGAUCAUGCAGAAAGACCAGGACUUCACUGAGGCCGACUACGAAAAGCUGGCCCCUACAGGCAGCCCCUCCCUUGUCAACUCCAUGAAGAUCAUAGGGAACCCAGUGAGGACAUGUGACAAGGUCUAUGCCCUCAUCCAGAGCCUCAACUCCCAGAUCCGCAAGAGGCUAGAAGACCCCAAAUCUGCAAACCUACAGCUGUACCACAGCGAGACCCUGGAGCUCAUGCUGCAGCGCUGGUCAAAGCUGGAGCGGGACUUCCGGAAUAAGUCGGGCCGCUACGACAUCAGCAAGAUCCCGGACAUCUACGACUGUGUGAAGUACGACACCCAGCACAACUCCACGCUGGGCCUGGAGGACACGCUGGAGCUGUUCAGGCUGUCACGUGCCCUGGCCGACAUCGUCAUACCUCAGGAGUAUGGCAUCAAUACGUCUGAGAAGCUGGACAUUGCUCAGGCCUACUGCCUGCCCCUGAUGAAGAAGAUUCAGCUAGACCUGCAGAGGACCCACGAGGACGAGGCCGUCAACAAGCUGCACCCACUGUGGUUCAGGUACUCACGAGGGGUCAUGUCUCCGGGACGACACGUCCGAACACGCCUGUAUUUCACCAGUGAGAGCCACGUCCACUCGCUGCUCAGCAUCUUCCGCUACGGGGGACUACUGGACGUGGUGAAGGACCAGCAGUGGAAACAGGCCAUGGACUACUUGGGUGCCGUCCCUGAACUGAACUACAUGACCCAGAUAGUCAUCAUGCUGUAUGAGGACAACAACAAGGACCCCAGCUCAGAAGAGCGUUUCCACGUGGAGCUCCACUUCAGUCCUGGGGUGAAGGGCUGUGAGGAUGAAGAGAAAAUCCCUCUGGGUUUUGGAUUUCGUCCUGCUUCUGCUGAGAACCAGGAGAAGCAGACCAACCAAGGCAGUCUAGAAGACCUGUCAGAGGACGAGCCGGACCGGGCCCUGCCUAUCUCCGAGGUGAACAGCAUCAGAAGAUCUCCCCUGAUCCGGAACCUCAAGACCAGCUCCAUGGAGGUCCUCUCCGAGGCCUCGUCCUCCUCCCCGGGCUACUCUUCCAAGGGCACCUCCUACCGCCUUUUUCCCACGUGUUCACGUCAGUCCUCGGAGAUCAAACCGCCUGGCCUAGGGUCCCUCUGCUCGGGCCUCUUCAGUGCCUCUGUCCUGGGGGUGUCCUCUAGCGCCCCCAACCUGCAGGACUACGUCCAUACCCACCAAGGCAAAACCCCCAGGUCCCUUGGUUUGCCGUUUCGAGAUGACCUGUUCUCUAUGCCUGCAGUAAAGAGAUUUUCUGUGUCGUUUGCCAGGCAUCCGACUAAUGAGCCCCUAGACGAGCAUCACGUAGCCCAGCUGCUGCGGCGUCUCUCCAAUGACCCGGCCCUCCUGUUCUGUCCCGCUCUGCCUUCUCUGGACAGGGCUAUGACCCAACACCUGCACCAGUGUCCCUACCACCUGCGCCUCCUCAGGAACUGGCUGGUGUCUGGCCAAGACCUCCCAGAGUGCCUCUACGGCUUUGAAGGCUGCUCCAUGGUGCCCUCCAUCUACCCUCUAGAGACGCUGCACAACUCACUGUCCCUAAAGCAGGUGGAUGAGUUCCUCAACGCUGUGUGUGAGGACAGCAGCGACGCCCACGCCAAGACCAUGAAAGCUCUCUCUGCCUUGUUUGACACGUCGAGCCAGGGGUAUGGCCAGACACCCACCUAUCCCCCGCCAAGGGCUCUGUCGUCCUCGGAAAGUCCUGUCCGGACCCACGCCCACCCACCAGGUUACUGUAGUGCCUCCCCCAGCACAGUGUCCAGUGCAGGGCCCUCCACCCAUAACUCUGUAAACCAAUGAAAUCCAGCCAUGCCCUCAUCCGAGUAGAUGGCAACCCCCUCCCCGGAGACCACGGACCCAACUGAACGUCCAUUCUAUAUGAAUCAUCCAUCCACUCAUCCACCCAUCCGUCCAUCCAUCCACACAGUGGCCUUCAAACUUUUCAGUCAUCACAGUCCAAUACUGUGCUGGACUCAGUGGACCAUCCUUCUUAAUUUGUGGGAAACAACAAACCAAAUCCCACUGGUGCCCACCAAUGUUCUGCCCCAGUUUUGGGAAGCCUGUCCCUGGUUCUUCAGUGGAUUCUAGACAUGCCUGAGGCUGGAUGCCUGCCGCUGGCUGUCCUGAAUGCAAGACUGCCUGCUGGAUGCAGCACAGAGACAAUGGGAGAAACCAAAGCUGUUGAAGCUGCACACAAUCUUUCUUACGGAGUGCUUUCUUUCUCUCAUAAAAAGGUUCAGAAUAUUCUGCAUUUUCAAUCAUGUCAUGCAUAUUUGAAUAAAGGGAUGAAAGAAAUUGAGGCAGUUGUUGAAAUGCAGACUGCUUUUUUAUAUACAUUUUCGGCUGGCUGUACUAUGCUUGGGGACAAAGGAUAUAAUGCUGUGUUUUCCUAUCAUUGUCUACAUAACGUUUUGACAGCACAUAACGUUUUGUUUGUGCCAUGUAAAAUGUCAGCUGUCUCUCCACCAACCGAAACUAGGAACAAAACACAUGCUUCAACUUCUUAUGUAAAAACUUGUGGUAAAGAAAUAUAUAUUUUUGUGUGUUUUGAGACUUAACCACUCCAGAGGAGAUAGCUGACUGCCUUUAGGCUACCUCAUACUGAGUCCUCAAACUAUUUCAUACAUAUCUGCUGUCUUGCCAAAGUACUUUAAAUGUUAAUUUAAAUGAUUGUGUAUCAGAUGGUUUAAUUAAUAUUUGGGCAUUUGUGUUGCCCCUAAGGGAUUAAUAAAGUUAUAUUGAUUUGCAUUAAAUAUGUAUUUAUGGAUAUAAACACACUGUAGAUCUGAGAGAGAAAAGCAAUGGUUGCGAAUACAAGUCAUAUUCAAGUUUUUGUUCAUUUACGUUGCCUUUUAUUUGAGUUAAUUGUCCAAAUUGUAAACCCAAACUGUUUCAAUGGGUUACGAAUAGAACAUCUGUGUUUUUGUGGUUGUCGUAGUCUUAUGUUGUUUCAUGGAUGCUCUCAGCUGCACUAAAGACCGAGACCUAGCACUGCUGAAUCAUCUGUAGAACAAAACGUCUUCACAUUGGUUUCUUCUUGAUAAAGAAAAAAAUAUUUGAUUGGUGUUUCUGGAAGAAAUCAGGGCUGGAUUUAUGUGAUUAAUUACUGUGGUAUGUAAUGUGUCUGCCAAAGAUAUUUGAAGCUUUAUGGAAUCCUCUCCCUUGACUUCCUGUCUAAAUGUCUAGAAAUGAAAUUCCAAUGUUACUUUGUUAGCAGUCAUAGCUGAUCUUUAACUUAUUGUUUGACAUUAAGGCAAUAAAAUAUACACAUCUUAACAAGUCCAGUGGGAGCACUGUUUAGUGUGGGUGAGGUUUGUCCACGCCUGUGUGCAUAAAAGUGUGGGCGUUGCAAGAAUUUCUUAAUAAGGCCAAGGGUAUAAUUAACCGCAAUUACGGCCAAGAUCUCAUGGCUGUUAUGCACUACUCAACACAGAGUGCUUGGUUACAGCCCUUCUCGCGUGUGGGCACUGGUGCUACUACACUGCUGUGAGGUAGCACACAUUUCUGCUCGUCAUCCAAGAUGGGACAUACAGCUCCGGAAAAAAUUAAGAGACCACUGCACC